UCAAGACAGGAAGUAAAUAAAGGACCGUAAGUGACGUCGGUGUGUUCCCGCCUGAAACGGAGGCAAAAUAGCUAUCGAAUAGAUAGCAACAUACAUUGGACAAUGGAUGACCUUUCUUUGGAUAAUAUUGAUGAAUUUGUCAACGACCAGAAUAAAAUCGUGACAUACAAAUGGCUGAGUCUCACUCUUGGGGUCCAUGUCAACUUAGCCAAGCAAUUGCUAUAUCAUUACCUGGACCGCAAGAGGAACGAAAGCUCAGCUCUGCUCCAUGCUACCUACCUUGUGUCUGGCAAGUUUGUCAAGAAUGAUACCACGUGUCACAAGGUGUCAUCAGUGCAAGAGGAUCAGUUGGAGGAUGUGAAGUCGAAGCAGAGCCUGACCGUCAGUGUACAUGGUCCCCUGUACAGUGUUCAGACGGCAGUGCUGAAAGACAGUGGUCCCCUGUACAGUGCGGAUUAUGAUGCUGUGAAAGAGAACCUAAGGAACUGCAGCAGGUACAGUGCAAUUCACUGUGCUGAUGCAGUACCCAUGUCCUCGACAGAGGUGCAGCAGGCUCAUGAGAUGACACAGGCCCCACCGCCAGAAACGUUGCACACCAAAUCUGGCAUCAAUGGUCAUUCUAGUCUGGCCUCUAAACCCACCUCCAAGCAGUCCAAAGGCGUUAUGGGAAUGUUUGCAAACAAGAAUGUCUCCAAGAAUCAAGAGUCAAGCAAAGAAGUGGAUGAGAAGCCCUCAAGCCCAGUCCCUAAAGCAGAGACUCCUGUCAAGGAGGAACUACCAAAAGGUGCUGUGGUUGAGAAAGAUAUUAGUAGUAAGAGCAAGCGUCUUGACCAUUCCGAUAGUGAAGAGAAGAAGAACAAGCGUCGGAGGAUAAAGAAGCCCCAGUCAGACAGUACUGAUGAUGAAGUUAUUCCAGAUUCUCCUCCAAGGUUGCAAGACCAGAGGGGCCCAUCACCAAGCCUUCUGAAUCAAGAGCUUUCGGAUUGUAAGACGAGGAAGAGGAGACCUGUCUUGAAGCCGCGCACCUUUUUGGAUGAGGGGUGCAUUGUGACUGAGAAAGGCUAUGAGAUUGAAUCCUACUCUGAGACGGAGGAUGACUUUAAGGCAAGUAAACCAUCCCAGAUGAAUCCAGACCUACCAAAACCAUCAACUGGCAAGAAAGGGGAGGAGAAGAGAAGGAAGAAUGUUGCAGCCUCUAAUAAAUCAACUAAGCAGGCUUCUAUUAUGGGAUUCUUUCAAAAGAAAUGACCGACAUACUCGCAAUGUACUGAACACUGAGAAGAUUAACAUCCAUUUUGAGGGACUUGAGGCCCAGGUGGAGAGAAUAUAGACUGACGCACAUUAUCAAAUGUCCCGGCAACAUUUGGAAGAAUGCUGUCAUUUUUUUCCUAUUUAAAUUUUUUUUUGAAUAUAUUUCCACAUUACUGUAUAUGAUAAAGUGGCAUAAAUAUAUCCACAACACAUUGUAAAGUACCGUCAGAGCUAGUUGACCAUUGCCAUGUUAUUGUAGCAUUUAUUUUGUGGGUUUGAAAUUGGUUACAAUUCUGCAAGUAUUGAAGGGUUCAUACUGUGGGGAACCAGAACAGAUUCUGAACAGCCGCAGUACGGCACUCUCUUUCCAGCGGGACUAUACAUUUGGGUGAGGUUUUUUUCUCACCUGACCAUCAUUUUCACUUGUCUGACCUCUUGCAUGAUGAGUUUCUUACACGACUGGCCUAUUUGGGUGAUGUUUUUUCUUGCCUGAAUGAUCUGAAUCUAGGAUUACAGGGACUCUCCACAACUAUAUUCAAUGUGCAGGACAAAAUUGAGGCUAUGAUUAAGAAGUUGCAGCUCUUUGUCUCCAUUAACAAGGACAACACCCAGGUCUUUACAUCAAUGUAUGAUAUUUUGUGUGCAAAUGAACUCAAGCUUAAGGACAAUGUCAAAUGUGAUAUAACGAAGCACCUGAGUAAGUUGGGUGUGCAAUUACGGAGGUACUUUUCCGAAGCGGAUGACACAAACAACUUGAUUGGUUAUCCCUUUCAUACCCUGCCUCCAGUCCACUUACCGAUAUCUGAACAAGAGACCCUCAUUGAAAUUGCAACAAGCGGUUCUGUGAAAAUAGAUUUUUAUCAGAAGCCAAUGGCAGAUUUCUGGAUUGGGCUGCGCUCAGAGUAUCCUGCCUUGGCAAAUAGCGCUUUUAAGACACUGAUGCCCUUUGCAACCACGUACCUAUGUGAGAGUGGAUUCUCGGCCCUCACUAGCAUGAAAACCAAGUACAGGCACAGACUGUGGAAAAUGAUUUAAGACUGAGACUCUCCAAUACAACCCAACAUUGCAGAGUUAUGUGCAUCCUUUCAAGCACACCCUUCUCAUUAACCUGUGGUGAGUUAUUCACAAUUUUCGAUUAAAAAAUAAGGUUUUAUAUGUAAGAUGGUUAAAUAAAGAGCAAAAUUAUUGAUUAUUAUUAUAUUA